CGUGAUUGGUUCGCUGGACUUCGUGUGUCCGGACGCGCCCGCUGCUCAGAGUCACCUUGCCCCGGCUGCUGCUGUACCGGUGAGAGAGCAGGUGGAGCGUCCGGCCCAGAGGAACAGAGGCAGCGAGAAUCAUACCGGGGACUCUGAGGACCUGGAGCAAACAUGACGGACGCAAAGCCCAAGACCUCCCCGAAGGCCAUCAAGUUCCUGUUCGGAGGCUUAGCCGGGAUGGGGGCGACGGUGUUCGUGCAGCCGUUGGACCUGGUGAAGAACAGGAUGCAGCUCAGUGGUCAGGGGACGAAGGCGCGGGAGUACAAAACCAGUUUCCACGCUCUAGUGUCCAUCCUGAAGAACGAGGGCGUCGGAGGCAUCUACACCGGCCUGUCGGCGGGCCUGUUGCGCCAGGCGACCUACACGACGACUCGUCUGGGAAUCUACACCAUCCUGUUUGAGAAGAUGACCGGGGCGGACGGGCGACCGCCCAACUUCCUGCUCAAGGCUCUGAUCGGUAUGACGGCCGGCGCCACAGGAGCGUUCGUGGGGACACCGGCAGAGGUCGCUCUGAUUAGGAUGACGGCUGAUGGACGUCUUCCUGUAGACCAGAGGAGAGGUUACAGCAACGUGUUUAACGCUCUGGCUCGGAUCACCAAAGAAGAAGGAGUUACGACACUGUGGAGGGGUUGUAUUCCCACCAUGGCUCGAGCAGUGGUGGUGAACGCAGCUCAGCUGGCGUCCUACUCUCAGUCCAAACAGGCGCUGCUUGACUCAGGGUAUUUCGGGGACGAUAUCCUGUGUCACUUCUGCGCCAGUAUGAUCAGCGGUCUCGUUACCACGGCAGCCUCCAUGCCCGUUGACAUAGUAAAGACCAGGAUUCAGAGCAUGAGGAUGAUCGACGGGAAGCCGGAGUAUAAGAACGGUUUGGAGGUGCUGGUGCGAGUCGUGGGUAAAGAAGGGUUUUUCUCUCUGUGGAAAGGCUUCACUCCGUACUACGCUCGUCUCGGACCUCACACCGUCCUCACCUUCAUCUUCCUGGAGCAGAUGAACCGCCUCUACAAGACCCACGUCCUUGACCGCUAACACACACAACACACACAACAAACGCAGGACUAGAACUGAAACUCCUUGUGUCACACGUUGCGUUGUCAUACAUCGAAUUUGGAGUCAGAAUCUAAAGGAGCAGGCCAACAUUUAAUGAAAACGACAGAAAACUGGAGGGUUUCAUUAAUGACGGACUGUUCCUUUAAAGUACACACAUACAACACUGCUAUAUGAUAAAGCUCAGUGAGAAUCAGUGUUAACGGGAGUGCACCAAGUUACAGACUGAUACACACACACACACACACACACACUGUUUUGAAUCCAAAUUCUUUUUGUAAAGAAAAGAAUGUAAAAAUGAUUUAUUUCAAACAUCAUUUAAUGAUGUUUCCUAUAAUUAAUAAUCAAAGUCUUAUUUGUAGAAUUAUGACCCCAACAACAACAACAACAACAACAACAAUCCACCGCAUCAUGGGAACGAUGGGUAACCAUGGUUAUGGGCAGGUAUCUGUUGAUGGAGGAGAGAAAGGUGGAUCAGUAAAUAAAUAAGUGUCGCUUUGUCUUUGUGAAUAAAACUUCCUCAACUCUUCAACUCAAACUCUAGUUUCUUUUUAUGUAUUGUAACUAUAAUAUGUUAGAAUGCUACAGCUAUAUUAUUUUACUAUUAUUGUGGUUGCUAUAAUAUAUAUUAUAAAUAAUAGAACCUUUAAUAAUAUAACAAUACUUUAAUACAGUAACAUUAUUUUGUCAUGGCGAUGUACAGUCAUACUAUUAUUGUGAUUAUUUAGUAAUACAUAUAUAGAAUAAUUCAAAAUAUGAUCACAUUAUUAUUGGAUUAGUUAUAAAAUGAAAUCCAAACUGUUUUCUGGCAGCUAAUAAUUCCAAUGCUCAAAAUUGUAGAAUUAUUUCUCCUGAGCUCAUGCUGAUCCAGACUGUGAAUAUUCCCCCUGAAUUAAUUCAUAUGUAUUUAUUUUUAGUCCAACAGCAGCCGAUUGGAUCGGGCCACAUGUUGUAGCUUCACAUGUCCAGCAGGGGGAGGACAGGAGCGCUGCUGACUGAGGCCCUGUAUCACAACAAGUGGCCAAAGAACGGCAGGCCCCCACAAUGCAUUGCAGCUACGGCUCUGUGGCGGCGGCGACAGUCAUGGACGACGGACGGAACAUGUCUCCUGCUCAGAACGUCUGGUCGGCAGGACUGCGACGACAAAGAGACGAGACGUGGCCGCGGAGACGCAAUGAAACACACAGAAAAGAGACGACGCGUAGUGAGCACCAAGGUGUCUGUCGUCCCGCCUCGUCGUGGCGGCGGCAGCAGCGUCGUGCAGUUGCUGUUGACAGGAAGUGGUUUGUGAGGAACAAUUCUCACAGCAGCUUCCUGCUCAAUCCAUUUGGACGUCUGAGGCCGACAACAGGGUACCGACCGCAGCUUGAGAAGGGCUCGUUCGCCGCAUGCGUAUUGUCACGUCUCCUGGAAUUCCAAAGAUGGCAGACGACGACGAUGCAGCAUCUUAGAUGUUUUUCUUUUGAGUUGACACUCAAAGCAUUUACCGUAAAUGCUGCGUGUAGCUUCAAUCGGGUCAGGGUCCGUUGUGAUGAGCACAAGUGAUCUCUACAGCUUUGCAACGUCAGCGUAUAGGAACCUCUAUUCUUUCGCUUUCCCCCCCGCCACAUUUCAACAUCCGCCACUGUCAGAGGGAAAACUUCCGGAGCGCAAGGUGCCUAUGGUGCAUCUACUGCCGCCGGCUGCCAACCGCCAUUUUGAAACGAGGAGGAAGAAGGAAACGGCUCGGUCGGGACUUGCGUUCGUCCUCUGCGGCCAAGCCCCCGUCCCGUCACUUCCUGUCCACCUGUCCACGUUGGUCUCUCAGAAAGGGACGGUUUUGUAAAGGGAGACAAUUGUCUCACUAUCAGACCCCAACAAGUGGAAAAGUACAAAUAUUUGAGUGUAUGCGCGUGUGUGUGUGCGCGCUGCACACUUCCUUAUUUUCUACUUCCCAGGGAAGAGAGAGAGAGAGAGAGAGAGAGAUGGGGCGAGAGACACUGAGUGACAGUGAGAGAGGGAGGAAGUUGCCUGCAGGCUGGGAGUGGUCGAGCGUAUAAAAGGCGACUGGUCUUCCUUCUUUCUGCAUUAGUCCUCUCUUCCUCUCUUCUUCUCUUCCUCAUACCUGAGUCUCGAAUUGCACAGGAGCUAUUGAUCAGGAUGUCGUGGGAUCAAUACAUUUCUAACUUGCUUGAUCCUAAUGAAGACGGGAGCAUGGUGAUCCAACACGCGGCAAUCUGCGGGAUAGCGACUGAGUCUGUGUGGGCCUCCUCUACGGGCUUUAAUGUCACGCCGGAAGAAAUCAAGAAGCUGAUGUCGAACCGGGCGAAUUUCUCCAAGUGUGGCCCUUUCAUUGCGG